AUGUCUCCAGAGGAAUUGAAAAAGUUAAAAAAGCGUGAGAAAGAGCGUGAGAAGGAGUUGUAUAGUAAAGAAUGCGUUGCCCAGAGUAUCAACUUUGUUGUCAGUGAAGCAAGUGAUGAAGUCACUGACUUGAAUGUUCUUGAUAGAUUUUCCUGCUAUUUAGCAACAAUACUUGCAAGGGAUAAAGAGGUAGUUGCAGUAUGGUUGAAAAUUGUACAAGGUCGCUGUGAAAUUUACCUUUCUAAGAACUUUGAUUGGCUCGACAAAGAUGUUGAGUAUAUUGAUAAUAUUACGAAAUAUCUGAAAAAUAUAUCGAAAAAUGCUCCCGAGAUAUCAGAAGAUACCGAAAGUGAUUUUUUCGGGGAUGUGGUGUCAUACUGCUCUACUAAACUUAAGUCUAGAUUGGAUAAACUUAAGAAUGAUAUUGAAAUCUGUGCCGGUAAUAAAUACGUUAAAUCUUUUAGAGAUUUUUUUUCAGCUAAGGUUGGCGAUACAAAUAAUACAAGUUUGAUCUUGAUAUCCCUAGUUUGUAACAAGUAUUAUAAGCAAGUUGAAGAUGAGUCUGAAGAUGAGUCUGACUUCCCCCCAAAAUUCUUAGGUCAUAUUAAGAAAGUGGGGUCUUAUAUAGAGUCUAUUAAAGGUAUCAUAGUAUGUGCACGUAAGAAACAAUAUAAAUCACUAUUCUCUAACAUUAAAGUGUUUAAAGGAAGGCCUGUUAUCAUAAAUGACCAGCCCAUAUAUUCGUGGAAAAAUAUUAUCAAAAGGUUUAUUGAUGAAGACAAAUAUAAACGUUUAAUGGAUAAGUGUUCGAAAAAGCCUGAAGUAAUAGAAAGAAUCAAUAAAGUAUAUACCGAUAAUGCCACACAACAACAACCACUUGACGACGAUGACGUUAAACAAUGUAUAUACUUACAUGCAGAAAUGAACAUAUUGGCCCCCUUAAUUAUCGACAGUAAAAUUAAAAGUAGGGUGUUUAUAGCGGUGUCUAAGAGAUGUUGUUACUUGUGCGAACUUUAUAUUGAUUUUGCAAUAAAACAAGGAUAUAAUAUCAUCGUCUCCGGGAAACACGGAAAAAUAUAUAGUAAAUGGAUACUUCCGCAUGUAAAGGAUAACAACUUCAAGGCCAGAUCCCUGACAUAUAUACUAGAAAAUCUUGAUCGAAUCAUAGAGAAAAAAUUAGAACACUCGGUGAAUUGUGAUAGUCCAGAUCCAUUUGAUGAUAGUGAUAGUGAUAUUGAUGAUGGUGAUGAUGAAUUUAUGGGAGAAUAUACUCAAUAUCAUAUUGAGAAGUAUGCCCUACUAUAA